UCCCGGCUACAGCUUUCCUUCUCCCUGUGCCCCCUUAAUCGUUAAUCAAUCAAUCAUCAUCUUCUACUUCUCCUCCUAAGAGGCACCACCAGAAUCCACUAAACCCUAGAGCUACACCGCAGAUUUUGGACCCGACCUGCCUCCAUGGCGAUCCGCCGCCUCCUUACCCUGGCUCGUCGAUCUCAACGAACCACCACCAAGCACCUCCGCCCCUUCUCGACUUCCUCCGCCGCUGUCGCCCCCGCCUCUCCUUCUUCAACUCCAUCAAAUUUCUCCCCGCCUCCCCCGACGGCCAUGAUCUACGACCGGUUAGCCGAGAACGUCAAAAGCAAACUCAAACAGCUAGAACAACCCGAUUCGCGCUUCCUCAAGUACAGCUCGCCCCACCCGGCUCGGGUCGACCAUACCCCCGUCCUCGCCGCUCCCCUCACCCGCGUCACCACUCUCCCAAACGGCCUCCGCAUUGCUACCGAGUCCAAUCUCGCCUGCCCUACGGCCACCGUCGGUGUCUGGAUCGACGCAGGGUCCCGGUUCGAGUCCGAUGAGACUAACGGAACUGCUCACUUCCUCGAGCACAUGAUCUUUAAGGGCACUGAGAGGCGGGCCGCCAGGGAAUUGGAGGAAGAGAUUGAGAAUAUGGGUGGACAUCUAAAUGCUUACACUUCCAGAGAGCAGACUACAUAUUAUGCUAAGGUUCUGGAAAAGGAUGUGCCCAGGGCUAUGGAUAUACUGGCUGAUAUUCUUCAAAAUUCGAAGUUUGAGGAGAGUAAAAUCACCCGGGAACGAGAUGUUAUCCUCAGGGAAAUGCAGGAGGUGGAAGGUCAAACUGAGGAAGUCAUAUUUGACCACCUACAUGCUACUGCAUUCCAACACACAUCUCUGGCUAGGACAAUACUUGGACCUGCAGAUAACAUCAUGACAAUCACGAAACAGCACCUAAAGGACUACAUAUCUACUCAUUACUCUGCUCCCAGAACAGUAAUUGCCGCCUCUGGAGCUGUUAAGCAUGAGGAAAUUGUGGAUCUAGUAAAGAAAUUAUUCACGAAGUUGUCUCCUACUGGAAGUACAACUACUGAAUUAAUUGCUAAAGACCCAGCUAUCUUUACUGGUUCCGAAGUGAGGAUGAUUGACGACGACAUUCCACUUGCCCAAUUUGCAGUUGCUUUUGAAGGGGCUUCUUGGACGGAUCCUGAUUCCAUUGCGUUAAUGGUCAUGCAGUCGAUGUUAGGAUCUUGGAGUAAGAGCGCUGGUGGUGGGAAGCAUAUGGGCUCUGAUCUUGCCCAGAGGGUUGGCAUCAACGAGAUAGCAGAAAGCUUGAUGGCUUUCAACAGCAACUAUAAGGAUUCUGGUCUAUUUGGUGUCUAUGCUGUUGCAAAGCCCGAUUGCUUGGAUGAUUUAGCUUAUGCAAUUAUGUACGAGAUUAGCAAGCUGUCUUAUCGGGUGUCAGAGGAGGAUGUUGUACGUGCUCAGAACCAGUUGAAAUCUUCUCUACUACUACACUUGGAUGGAACAAGUCCGGUAGCUGAAGAUAUUGGCCGUCAGUUGCUUACAUAUGGCAGAAGGAUCCCGUAUCCUGAGUUGUUUGCCAGGAUUGAUGCUAUAGAUGCCAACACUAUCAAGCGUGUGGCGAACAGAUUUAUAUCUGACAAGGAUAUUGCAAUAUCUGCUCUUGGACCAAUCCAGGGUUUACCUGACUACAACUGGUUCAGACGCAGGACCUAUUGGCUCCGUUAUUAGGAUUUCCUUGUCUACUAGUUGUUUUGUCAUCAGUUCUGCCUAUUUUUGGUCAUUCAAGCAUUUUGUUUUUCUUUUAACACAUCCAUUUUCUUUAGGGGGAAAGAGUAGAAAUGCUUAUUCUAUCCCUUUUGUGCUGUCGUUUUGUAAUCCUUUUAAAUUAAUGGAAAUAAUUGUCCUGUAUCCCGUGAAUGCUCCGUCAUUGAUUACGGGCAACUACUUGAAUCUUUUUGUAACAUAUAAAAUCCUGAAACAAUUCAGCCACGUAUGUUUUCGUGGCCGUAUAUGAGAGGGUCAAAUGUGUCCCUGAUCUUUGAGGAUGAUUA